UGGCGGUAGUGAGCUGUCACUUCGCAGUCGAAGCGUCGGACAAAACCAAAGAAGAAACACUUGGAGUUGACUGAAGUGUGGAGAAGUCGUGGACUCAUUUUCACAGUAAAGAUGCAGACACCAGCGGAGUCCAUCAUCCACAGCGGCUAUUUCCAUCCAACACUCAGAUUCUGGCAGACCUGCGCUGCUGAUUUAAGACCUGAAAAUCUCAUCUACCCAAUCUUCGUCACAGACAGUGCAGAUGCUGUGGAGCCCAUUGGCAGCCUGCCGGGACAGGCCAGAUACGGGGUGAACAAGCUGGAGGAAAUGUUGCGGCCGCUUGUGGAUAACGGCUUGAAAUGUGUGCUUAUUUUUGGUGUGCCUGCACAAAUAGAGAAGGACGACAGGGGCUCAGGCGCCGACACGGACGACACGCCGGCUGUACUGGCAGUGAAGAAGAUCAGAUCUUUGUUCCCGGAGCUUCUGGUGGCAUGUGACGUCUGCUUGUGUCCCUACACAUCACAUGGACACUGUGGUAUCCUGAACGAUGAUGGUACUCUGAACAAUGAUGCCAGCUGUCUGCGUCUGGCAGAAGUGUCACUGGCCUACGUCCGAGCUGGCUGUCACAUCAUUGCUCCCUCUGAUAUGAUGGAUGGAAGAGUCAGAGCCAUAAAACAUGCCCUGAUAUCUAAUGGUUUGGGAAACAAGGCUUCAGUGCUGAGCUACAGUGCAAAGUUUGCCUCUUGUUACUACGGCCCUUUCAGAGAUGCUGCACAGUCCAAACCGGCGUUUGGUGACAGACGAUGCUACCAGUUGCCUCCUGGAGCGAGAGGACUCGCCCUUCGAGCUGUGGAGCGAGACGUGAGAGAAGGAGCAGAUAUGCUGAUGGUGAAACCAGGUCUGCCGUAUCUGGAUAUCGUGAGAGAAGUCAAGGACAAGUUCCCCACUCACCCGUUGGCGGUGUACAACGUGUCGGGGGAGUUUGCCAUGAUGUGGCAUGGAGCGCAGGCGGGAGCUUUCGAGCUGCGGGCCGCUGUGAUGGAGGCCAUGACCGCCUUCCGCAGAGCAGGUGCUGACAUCAUCAUCACCUAUUACACACCUCAGCUGCUCAGCUGGCUGAAGGAGUAAAGAAAGAAGAUCCGAGGCUAAAGGAUGGACGGACCUAGAGACGGACCAACAGACAGACUCCUUUAAUUAGAAUAAAUCUGUUGACACAGGCUUCUAACAAAGAGGAACCUGUAAUUUUUUGUCUUUUAUUUUACUUGUUCUGUUCCAUUUUGUGAUUUAAAAAUUCACAUAUCAGAUCGCACAUGUUUAUCAGUGCAGUAGUGAUUAUAUUUAAACAGUUCUGGUCCCAAUGUACCUUUCUGUUUUAAGCUUUUGAAUAUCUACUAUAUAGCUAGACAUGAGAAUGUAAAAGUUGACAAUCUCGUUGAUGUUUCCAGUCAGGAAAUGUCUCUAGUUUGUCAUAGGGAUUAGCAUUAAAUCAAUGCAGUCAUCUCUCUUAACUACUGGGAUUAUGGGCUGAAUAUCUGUAUCUCUGAUAUAUAUAUGUUGCUGCCUCAGCUUAAGUAUUCUCAUCCCCUAACAAGCUGUUUGACCAGAGGGAAUAAAAUAAUUAAGAGCUACAAGUGUUUCAGUGUUCUUUAUGUUGAUGCAUGUUGAGUAAUGCUUCCACCUGUUUACUUGGUUCAACAAACCUACCAACACUGU